UAGUUUUAUGCGGGUACCGUGCCCUUUGGUGCAUAUCAAAUGCGCACCGAUGCGCUUUAAUUUCACUAACAAUACACAAAUUUUCUGGGGAACAGUUUUCACUAAACCCAGGUUAAUGUGGUCACAUGAUUAUCCGUGACCAGUCUCCCAGUUUCUGUAAUGUGUGUCCUCUUACAAGAGUCCCAUUUUCCGACAGCAAACACCAGGUGAUACACCUACCUACUUUACGAAGAAGGAUGUAUACAUCUAAACAGCUACUUCAAGUAACUUUGUUACUCUGGACACAUUUUUCUGUGGCUAAGAAAGGUUUUCGAUCAUUUGAAGGUCAACCCGCUGGGAACCUGACUUCAGUCUCUGAUCAAGCAGUGGUAAUACUAACAAGUAAACUGACCACAGUCUUCCUUCCGGUUGUCUACAUCAUCGUGUUUGCAGUGGGCUUACCAACCAAUGCAAUGGCGAUUUGGGUGUUUAUCUUCAGAACAAAGAAGAAGCACCCUGCUGCUAUCUUCAUGGCCAACCUGGCUCUGUCUGACCUACUGUUUGUCAUCUGGAUCCCUCUAAAAAUUUCCUACCACUUAAAAGGCAAUAACUGGGUCUAUGGAGAAGAGCUUUGUAAAGUGCUGGUGGGUUUCUUCUAUGGGAACAUGUACUGUUCAGUAAUGUUCAUUACCUGCAUCAGUGUGCAGCGGUAUUUUGCUGUUGUCUAUCCCUUGUCUGUUCACACUAAGAACAGUCAGAUUGGAUUUGCCGUAUCAAUUACAGUUUGGGUUGUAAUUUGGUUGGUUACAAUUCCACUGUAUGUCUAUGACCAAGCUGUGGAGCUCAAUAACCCUAGAAUCACCACCUGCCAUGACGUCACCAAACUUCAAGACACAAUGAUUGCAAGUGGAUUCUUCCUGUCCAUGGGAAUAUUUGCAUUUGCCAUUCCAACAGUAGUCUGCACCGUUGCUUAUGUUUUAAUGGUUCAGGCUCUGAGGAAUUCCACAACUCUUGAAAAUAUCAAGAAGAAGCGCAGAAAAUCUGUCUGCCUCAUUGUGGUCAUUCUUGUCAUAUUUUUGGUGUGCUUUGCCCCCAGCAACAUCAUGUUGCUCAUCCAUUAUGGGCUUCGCUUAAAAGGCCAGGAAAGUAACACCUAUGGCUUCUAUAUCAGCACACUGUGUUUAGCCAGCCUGAAUAGCUGUUUAGACCCCUUUAUUUACUACUUCAUUUCUGAGGAGUUCCGGAACCACGUGAAGAACACGCUGGUCUGCAGAAGUGUGAGGACAGUGGAGAGAAUGAGGGUUUCCUUCUCUCCUUUAAAGAAUUCAAACAAGAGCAACACAGACACCUCAGGAUCUGCCCACACGCAGAGCAGUAGUUCCUGAAGGGAUACAUCUGUCUGGACACUUGGUUUUUUAAUUUUUAUUUUUGCACAUAACUCUCAUUAUCCUAAAGGGGUUGUGGUUUUUUUCAUUCUUAAGAAAAGGACCACUGACUGUCACCGUGAGGUGUGGUGCAGCUUAUAACAAAUACAAACUUUAUUCAAACAGAACUGAAACACACAAAAAACAAAAGGGAUCACAAGGGGUCAAAACAAAGGCUCCUAAACAAGGAUAAACAAGCUCUGGAAUUACGUAUAAGGAAAAGUUGAGGGAUCACAAGCAAAAGCACAAACAACAAUCACAAAUAAACUCAGGCAGGUAACAGAGCAGUUGCAGGCAUAUAACUACUAGGGCUAUUGUUGACAACAAAUGCAAAACUAGGGCUCGAAAUAACAAAGAACAGGUGUGGGUAAUUAACAUUCAUUAAGGACUCAAAACACUAGGGAUGGGGCUAAUCAGCGACACCUGCUGGCCAACAGGGAAAUGACAGGGCAGGACCUGAUCCUAACACUUUCAGAAAAACAACCCUUCUUUGUUGAAGGAAGCAACAGUUUACUGUAUGCUUGUUGUCACUCACCUGCUAGCCUCAGAAAUGUUGUGUAUUUUGUCUCAGCUGUCGCUUCAGGUGUGUAUCAAAGAGUAUUAGUGUGUAGAUGUGGCCUGCCGCACAAUUCUUUACAGCCCACAAAAUGAUUUUGAUAUUCCGUCAAAUAUGGCCUGGGGAUAUGAGUGUAAUGGUACAAAAAUUUGGAUGGAUACAAACCUUGGUUUUGUGUUCACGAUUCAGCGCAAUUUCAGUACAGCAAGGAAAGUGAAUUUGUUUUGAAAUUAUUCACUACUAAAACUGCAAACAUAAACAAAAUUAGCAGCAAUUGUAAACCAAGGACAAUGUGUCUGAUGGCAGUGUGUCUGAAUAAUAAAACCUGAGAUGGUUACAGUAUAUGCGCACUGUCAGACAUCCCAGCUCUCCCAGGAGUUAUGGGAGUCUCCCAGAAAUUGACAGCACCUCCCUGCCACCUGCAAAUGAUGCAAUAGUGCUAUUCCGGUAUUUCCCAGUAAAUCUGCUGAUAGGGUGGGGGAAUAUUAGCGUAUUUCUGCCCAAGUCUAACUAGUUCCUCUCUCCCAGGCAUCCCUAAUCUGUCUUUCUGAAAUCAUUUCGCUUAAGGUGGUCUGCAUUAUACAACUAAAUAUGUAAAACAAAUAAAUAAAUCAAAUGUCAGACUGCAUAACAUCAAUUAAAAUUAAAUUCUGUAUUCUAUUCUACAGAGUAGAAUUUAUCUGUAGCAACAAUAAACACUCCUAUUGCUGGAAUUAUUUUUUGAGCCAGGUCCGAAAUUCCUGGUAAAAGCACCUUAAAUGCCAUAGGGAGCCUAACUUGUAGAGGCUGUUUCUGCCUUGCUUUGGUCAUAUACACACUUGGGUGAUGUUGUCUCAAAUGGGUUAGCAUGUCGAAUGUUGUUCCAGCAACAUAUCCAAAUUCAGUAUAACAGCAAACAGACAGUCUUGGUCUUAUCAACUACUCUCUGUCCAGUAUUGUGUAAUUUGCUAGGAAACCAAAAUGUUCCCAAACUGCUGAUUAUGUUUCAUUGUGUGUACUGAAUUAAAAAUGAUAUAAGCUGAA